AUGACUACCGUCUUCGCGCGCCCACCGCUCCAAUCGCUUCCUAUGGCAACAAACCGACCCACGACGCGACGAAGGAGCGCAAGACAAGCCUUCGACGACGAUGAUGCGCCCGCGCCGACGACCAAACGAGCAAAGGCGGACGUGAAUGGGACGAGCAAAAAGGCGACUGCUGCGCCAAAGAAGACAGCAAAGGCAGCUGCAUACGACGAGGACGAUGAUGGCUUCCAAUUUUCGCGUCGCACGUCGUCGCGAAGGACUACCAAGGCACAGGCUGUGUUAGCACCAGAACCAAUACCCGAGGACGAACCAGCAACAUUCGCGCGCGCUGCCGAAGCGCAACCGGCCAAAUCGACUGCGCGGCGGAAGAAACAGUCAAUCGCGGCAGCCGAUCCGGAAUCCUCAGACUCGGGAAAGCGUCGGCGUUCAGCGCGCAUAUCUGGUGACAGUAGGCAGCUGGAAGUGCGACCAAAGUCUACGGAACCUCCUCCAGCGAAAUCACGAACGAAGAAGACCGCGCCCGUAGAGAAGGAAAGGAAGAAGCAGACCACACCAGCUCCAGAGGCACAGCCAGAGCCUAAGAGCGCGUAUGCAGGCGUGCAAACGCCGACACACAACAAGAUCCAGGUCGCGAAGAAGCGCGAUCCCAACGCUCAAAAGAUUAUGCUGCCCUUUGCGGACACCCCAGUUAUUACGAGGAACAAAGAGAUGCGGAAAGGCGGCAACAAAGAUGGGUCGAGAAGGAGUAGCACAGGCUUGCGAGGGAGAAGGGCAAGCUCGCUGAUUGACAGCGGCCAGUCGAAUGGUGAGUCAAGCAAUGAUGCACAGGAGGGCUGGGCACAGGACCCUAACGGCAUGGAAAAGCGCCCCUGGGGAUCAGUGGAUACUAACAAUUCCGCAGCGCUACCGCACUCAGAAGUCGAAGUCCGAGAUUUCUACAAAUAUAUCGAGCAGAGCCUACCCGAACCACGACGGAUGAAGCAGCUCUUGACAUGGUGCGGAUCGCGAGCUUUACCAGCAAAACCAUCAGGCGACGUGAAGAACGCGAAUGCGAUUAUGGCUGGUAUGUCCAAACGAAGCAGGGCGGACAAGACGAAGACUGACAGGAGCGCAGCGCGAGCUAUUCAACAAGAACUCAUAGACGAUUUCGCAAGCAAACCCGAGCUUUCCGACUGGUUCAGCAGGGUAUGGGGAUCAAUUCCAUCGAGGCAAGAGCAUGAGCUAAUAGCUUUACAGGAAGAAGUAGCCCCACCACCUGUGGUAAAGAAGCCGAAUCCUCAGAACGAGAAGAACAAAGCCACACUGGAGGAAUUGGAGGAGGAAGUCAAGCGCCUCGAAGAAGAGAAAGCCGCGUGGGAAGCCAUCGCAUCAGCGUCGAAAACCAAGCCCCCGCCACCCGCGCCCUCAAUACCGACCUCAACACCUACACUAUCCGACAUCGACACGUCCCUCCUCGAUCCCGCCCAAGCCGCCAUACUUUCCUCCCUCCAGUCAUCACAAAUACAACCACCAACGUCAGCAUUCACAUUCACUUCGCCUACAGCACUACAAUCACAUCUCACGUCUCUCGCCGACUCGCUAGAACCGCAUAUCGACCUUUUCGCAGACGGUGUUCAUAAGAUCGAACAGUAUCGCGCAACGGCCGAACGGGUAGCGGAUCGUGUGCUGGGUACUGCGGCAAAGAGGUUGGAAGAGCGAGAUCGGGAAGCGAAGGAAAGAGUGGGCACAGAAGGAAUUGGAGUCGGCGAUAUAUUGAGAGGCCUUGCUGGUGUACUUGGCGAGCAAUGA